CCCCCUUCUAAAAGAUCUGUAAUAUCAGUGGAAAUAUCUGCAGUUUCUUGCCUUUUUGAAGAUGCACAGCGUGUACCAACACUUAAAUACUGUUAUAAAUCAUGUCGUAGGACACAUCAAUAGCCUUCAAAAACCAAGAAACUGCAGUUAUUUCUACUAAUUUUCCAGAUUGUUGAGAAGGAGGUCAAACAUGACCUCCAUUAGUACUGCAAGGGUUAAUAACUAGAUUAAAUUUAUAAUCUAUCUCAAAUUCGACGAUAUUUUUGUGAAAUUCACAUAUAUUUUACGAAAGAAAAUAGUGAGUGUAAACUAUAAGCCAAAGUUUUGCGCCUUCCCUUUUAUUUGAAAGAUGAGACUCUAAAGGUUAUGCAUAUAUAAAAUUAUUUUCCAUCGAGUAUAAACCGGCUGUAAAAUGAAUCAAACGAGACUAGUUACUUUUUUGGUCUUGGCAUUCAAGAAAUCUACUCUACCGUAUACAUUCAUUCUGUCUAUAGUACCAUCGUUUCCAAUAUGAAUAUUUCUCUCCCUGUGAGUUCUAAUGAAGGAUAAAUUUCUUUAUGUAUACCAGUUAAGCAAAUAAAUUUACAUAUUGUCGCUAUUUACAUACAUCUAACUCAAAAAAAUCAAACACUGGUAUAAAAAAUUAUAAUAGCUGUUUGUAGACAACAUAUCUCUAAUAAUAAAUACUCUGUUCUUUUUAAUAUUUCUCAAUGUGUAUUAUGCAGCAUUUUAUGACAUUCCCUGACUUUCUCUUUUUUUACUUUUCCAAAUAAUCAUCAUAAAUAUUAUUUAAAAUUAUUUGCUUCUAUAUUUUAUUGCACAGAUUUUUCAUAUUAUUACAAAAUAAAAACUGACAUCUGACAAUAUUCUAUUCAAACUAACUUUGAGAGAAGGAAAUAUGAUUAAUUUUUUUAGUGACAUAGAAUUUGUUUUUUUAACUAAGCAGAAGCAGAGAAAUCUAUUUCAUUUUCACAUAAGAAUAAAUCAAAAUUCUAUUUUAACACUGUUUUAUCUUGAUUUAAAUCGAUUAAUUAAUAAGACAUAUCAGAAAUACCAAAACAGUAUUCAAAGAGAAAUAACUUAUGUUUUCUUGAUUUUAGAUUGUAAAAGUAUUCGAUUAUAGAUAGAACAACAACUAUAAACAUGAAUAACAGAAUCGAGCCUGAUGAAGUAAUGUAUUAAAUAGAAAGAAAAAAAAUACUAUUUUCUUUUUGAAUGUUUUAGUUUGUUGAAGUUAACUCUAAUACAACACGAUUACGAAGAUUAGAUGAACAUUUUCAAAAGCGAAAAUUAAUUUGGAUAAUGUUUUUCAUUAUUUUAAUUGUUGUAAUUAUAGUUAUUGCAACAAUUAUUGCUAUAAUAAACAAAACAAAGAGAGAGAAAACAUCAACAGCAACAACAUCAACAAUAGAGAUAACAUCAUCAACAACAAGUGAAUUAUUAACAACAACAACAACAACAAGAACAACAACAACAACAAUGACAACAACGACAACAACAAGUGAAUUGUUGACAACAACAACGACAAGUGAACAAUUCGUUUCUUCUGUUACUAUUAAUAAUAAUACGAAAUGGAAACAGAAUGCAUGUACUGUUGCUGGAGGAAAUGGACUGGGAAGUAAAUUAAAUGAAUUAGAUGAACCUCAGGGUAUUUAUGUUGAUAAUGAUGAUCAAAAUAUUUACAUUGCUGACACUGGCAACCAUCGUAUCGUUAGAUGGGAAUUUGGUGCAAACAUUGGUACGAUUGUUGCAGGUGGAAAUGGACCUGGAAAUGAAAUAUUUCGAUUGAAUACUCCAGUUGAUGUAGUUCUUGAUAAAGACAGGAAAUAUAUCAUCAUUUGUGAUCAGACCAACGCACGAGUGACACGAUGGUCUCGUCAAAAUAAUCAGGAUCGUCAGCUAUUGAUACCUGACAUUUUGUGCUGGGGUUUAGCAAUUGACAAUAAUGGAGAUCUUUACAUUUCUGACUUUCAAAACCAUGAAGUCAGACGUUUUCAACAAGGAGAUAAAGAAGGUAUACUUGUAGCCGGCGGAAAUAAUUAUGGAGAUGGGCUUAAUCAACUCAAUCAACCUAAGCAUAUAUUCGUUGAUGAAAAUCAUUCAGUUUACGUAGCGGAUUAUAUGAAUAAUCGUGUGGUGAAAUGGAUGAAAAAUGCGAACGAGGGUAUUCUUGUUGCUCCAGGAGAAGUUUCUAACGAAGAUCCCAGUUCAAUGUCUAAACCGAUAGGUGUGAUUGUUGAUCAUAUAGGUAAUAUUUAUGUGUCGACGAAUGGAAAUCAUCAAAUAAUGCGUUGGUCCCCAGGUGCAACAGCAGCUAUUGCUGUCGUUGGUGAAGAAGAAGUAGGAUGGACGCCCACGCAUCUCUUACUCCCACGUGAUUUAUCAUUUGAUCGUCACGGUAAUCUUUAUGUUGUUGAUAUGAUCUACACUAAAAUACAAAAAUUCGAUAUUGAUCUUGAUUGA